AUGAAGUUCACCACCUCUCUCUUCGCUCUCGCCGCCGCUACCGGUGCCAUCGCUGCUCCCGCCGAUGCUCCCACCGUUAACAUGAUGGCUGCUUCUCCCCAGUGGACCAUCCAGUCCAUGCAGCGAACUUGCGACAAGCCCGACACCACCUGCACCUGGAACUUCAAGAUCAACACCGGCAGCGGCGCCGCCACUCCUUGCAAGUACGUCGUCAAGGCUUCCAAGAACGCCUCCAAGGCCAACGGCGGCCCUGCCAAGUGCGGCACCUUCACCAUCACCUCCGGCUGGAGCGGUCAGUUCGGCCCUGACAACGGCUUCACCACUCUCUCUGUUGUCAGCAGCAAGAAGCAGAUCGUCUACCCCAGCUACACUGACAAGCAGCUUGCUGGCGGCAAGGUUGUCAAGCCUGACCAGAAGUACGCCCCUGCUUCUCUUCCCUAA